GCCUUUUCCCGGGAAACCAGGCGGACUGGACAUUACAAAGCCACGCUAGCACCGCAUGUACGAUGCAAAAUAAAUAAAAACAAAAAAAAAUCCCAAUUUCCAUCGGUAAUCGUUAAUAGCAUCCCAAAACUUAGAAUUCUUUAUUCUUCAAAUCAAAAGAGCAGUAGGUAAGAACCCAAUUCCAAUUUCCUCCAGAUUCAGAGAAUUACAGAAAUUAAUCAUCUACUCCCUGACUUCUCUUGCUUUAGAACCUCAAGCAGAAGGUUCUACACGGAGGCCCAAGAUAUUUGGGAACCCCAAGCAUUGCAACAUUUUCAAAGUCCCGUCGUCUGAGCCUUUACCAAGAUGGCAAAUUUGAGAAGGGCUCUUCUUUUCACCAUUCCUCGCAUUCUUAAUUCCUCGAAUCAGACCUCAGUUGCCACCUCCACAAUGUCCUCUCACAAUAUUUACAGGCCAAUUCUUGGUUCAUUGCCAUGUUUUUAUUCUUCAAAUCAGGCCCUGAAUAUUGAUCUUUCCAAUGAAGAAAGCAAGAGGCGGUUGUUUAAUAGGCUGCUCUACAGGAGCAGACAAAGAGGGUUCCUGGAGCUGGAUUUGAUUUUGGGGAGAUGGGUUGAAGAUCAUAUUCAUUCUAUGGAUGAAAAUGGAAUUAAAGCCCUUGUUCAUGUCCUUGACUUGGAAAAUCCGGACUUAUGGAAGUGGUUGACUGGUCAGGGGCAACCUCCAGAGGCAGUAAGAAUGAAUCCUGUUUUUGCUGAUGUGCAGAAAAGGGUAAUGAACAAUCUGAACAGCCAUGCUUCUCCAGAGACAAGAGCAACUCCUGGGCAGCCAUGGGUGAGGGGGUGGGAUGAUUUCAAGAAAGGACGUGAUGGCCCAGUGGUGGGGAAUCAGUAACGAUAUUUGAUCCUGAAGGGUCAGCUGUUGCCGUUCUCUGUCAUGCCGGCUGUAGCAUAGAGCGACACUAGAAUAUAUUUACCUAAAAUAAAUCAUGUUAUUAGUACUGUGUUUUUUACUUUGUGAUAAGGCUGUGCAUGAGGGAGACUGUAUUAGAUUUGAAACACAUGCUGUAAUAACUACAAAACUUGACAGCCUUCCAUGACAAGCUCUGCCUUUAUCGUCUUCUACGUGAUGCAGCAAUUUGUAUUGUGGGUGUGAAAUAAGUUAGCCA